AUGGUGGAGGAUCCUGCCGCGGAACAGGAGAUGCGGCAGCUGGAGGACCGGCUCAGGGAGGUCGGGGAACGGCUGCAGGCGCCUCCCGACGACGCGGAGGACCUGCUCAACCUCCUCAUCGAAGUUGAGGAGUGUUUACUUAAAGUAGAGCAGUCACCUCCCGAAAGCACAUCGAAUGCUCUUCGCCCAGCAACUGAAGCUCUGGUCAAGAAAGAGCUGCUGGGCCAUGCUGAUUCAAAUGUUAGACUUGGCGUGGCAUCAUGCAUAUCUGAGAUCACACGGAUCACGGCACCCGAUGCUCCAUAUGAUGACGAUGCAAUGAAGGAUGUAUUCUCUUUAAUUGUGGGGGCCUUCAAGCAUCUGGAUGACAUAGAGAGCCCCUUCUUUGGAAGGAGAACUUCAAUUCUUGAUACUGUGGCAAAAGUUCGGUCCUGUGUGGUGAUGCUAGAUCUUGAAUGUGAUGAUUUGAUAAAUGAUAUGUUCCAUCACUUCUUGAGGACUGUUAGUUCUGGACAUUCAGAAGCCGUCAUAUCCUGCAUGGAAACAAUAAUGAGAUUGGUAAUUGAGGAGAGUGAGGAUGUCCAACCACAGAUUGCUUCAUGUCUACUCCAAAAUGUUAGAAAAGAAGAAAAGGAAUCUUCUUCACCUUCCUUUGAGCUUGCUGAAAAAGUGAUAGACACAUGCCGUGAAAAACUGAAGCCAGUCUUUCUGCAAUCACUAAAAGGCACUUCCUUGAGCGAAUACAGCCAAAUUGUCGCAUCAGUUUGUGAAGAGGUUUCAGAUGACAGGGAAGAUAACAAUGCUGAUCCUUCUGGGAAGGACGCGGUGGAUGAUGGCAAGCUCUCCGAAAGGACUAUUUCUGAUGAAUUACCUCAGGAAUCUUCAAAGGCUGAGCAAGAUGUUAGCCGUCCUGAACAGGAUGGUACUUCUAUGAAUGGUAAUACAGGUACUGCUAUUAGCAGUGGUACUACUCCACCUGAUACUGGUGAGUCUGAUGAUCAAGGACCUCCUUCCACAAAAGAGAAGAUUGAACAACCUUGCAAUGCUGAAAACAUAGCAGAUGCUGAUCAGUUGAAAUCUGACCACAAUGAAGGUGCUGAGUCCAAUGCUGCAAAGCCCAAAAAGAAAGCUUCCCUUGAUUCAGACAAAAGUACUAAGCUCAAACCGUCUGAUAAAUGUGAAGCAACUGUGCAUUCUGAUGCUGACACUAAAAAGGAAGAUCUUGUAGCAUCAGCCGAGGGUACAAAUGGAGCAGCUGAUGAUGCAUCAAGGCCUGCUGAUAGUACACCUAAACCAAAGCGAGGCCGUCCUCCUGGCCCAAAGUCAUUGCAGAAGAAGGCUGCUGGAAAGGAUCAAUCUUCAGUUUUGGAUUUGAAAAAGGUCAAGGAGGCAGGUGAAUCAGCCAGGAAGUUGGCGAAACGAUCAGCUAAGGAUGAGAAGUCUUCCGCAAAGAAGGCUGGUGAAGGAGAAUCAUCUAAGAAGACUCAAAAGAGCAAUUCGAAACAGCAGAAGGAUGAAACUCUUUCUGAGGAUGAUCCUGCCAAGGAUCUGAGCUUAAAGCCUCCUCGUUCAAGGAAAAGCAAAGGCCUUGAUAGAAGUCUAGUUGGUGCAAGGAUCAAAGUUUGGUGGCCAGAUGAUAAGAUGUUCUACAAUGGUGUUGUGGAGUCAUUUGAUUCUGUUUCUAAGAGGCACAAGGUCGCAUAUGAUGACGGGGAUGUAGAGGUACUACUGCUGAGGGAUGAAAAGUGGGAAUUCAUCAGUGAGGAGAAGGGAGCUUCUGUGGCAUCUGAAACGCCACGAGGCAGAAAAAGAAAAGCGGACGCGGUGAAGGAAGAAAAUACAGAAACACCUAAAAGUGAUGCUGUGGAUCCUCCAAAGAAAAGAGGGCGUCCAAAAGGUGUGCGAUCCAGCAAUGGGACACCUAGUAACUCAGCUACUCCGAGCACAAAGGGGAAAACUGCUGGCAAGGAUGCCAAAGAAACACCUAAAACUGGCACCAACCUUAAGAAGGAACUUGAGAAGAGCUCCAAGGACAAAGCUAGUGUAUCAACUGAGACAAAGGAUGAAUUGCCUAAAGAUGAUAAGAGUACGAGCAAACCUAAGGAGGCUAUUAGCAAAGGCAAGGGUUCAAAAGAUGAAGGCAAGUCCACUGAAGGAAAAGCUAGGCCUGGUCGGAAACCAAAAAAUGCUGGUACUCCGGCGAAGAGUGAUGCUGACAAGGAGAAGCGGAAGGAGAAAGAAGUCAAGGCUGCUGAAAAAGAGCAGGAGGCAUCAGGAAAUGCUUCUACAGGAAAGAAGCGCAGAAGGAAGGCUUGA